UCCUCUUCGCUGAGGCUGCUGAGUUGAAGCGCACCAGUACGAAGUGCGCAGCAGCGACUGCACCGCUGAAACUUGGAUGACAGGGGUUUUUUUGGAGCCGUCGAUGAGCGCGUUUGAAGCGGUGCCUUUCUGGUGAAGAUAAGGGGAUCGAGCUCUACCUGUGGUCCCCGCCUUCCGCCAGUCGGAUCAAUAUGAAAGUCCUGAUUUGUGUGAUCGCGUUGACCUUCGCGGCGAGGUCUGCACUCGGAGGUGGAAAGUUUGAUGAGCCAUGUGACGGCUUGGACUGCAGCAGAGGGUGCAGGUGCUUUCCAGAGAAAGGAAGCAGGGGUCGUCCAGGAGCUCUCGGUGAAGUUGGACCGUCUGGACAGGACGGGCCACGUGGGGUCUUUGGGCCUUCUGGGCCAAAAGGAGAGAAGGGCCACCUUGGGCUGAAAGGACCGUCGGGCCCAAAGGGAGACAAAGGACCAAUGGGAGUGCCUGGAUUCCAAGGAAGUGAUGGUGUGCCUGGUCACCCUGGUCAGCCGGGCAGCAGAGGACCACCGGGACUGGACGGCUGUAACGGGACCAGAGGAGAUCCUGGAGAUCCCGGCUUUGGGAGGGGAUACCCUGGCACCCCUGGAUUUCCUGGGCUGAAUGGGCCUAAGGGUCAGAAAGGAGAGCCUGUAUUCAUCUCGGAGAAUGCUGGUAUACAGGGUCCCCCGGGUGACCCAGGACCCCCUGGCCCACCUGGUUUCCAAGGUCCUUAUGGUCCAGUCGGUUUUCCUGGUCCCGAAGGACCUGAAGGAUACCCAGGCCCACCAGGUCCUCCCGGUCCCCCAGGGCCAACGGGGAGUGGUACUGACACAUCUCAAGGAGAGAAAGGAGACAAGGGUGACGUGGGUCUUCCCGGACCCAGGGGUAGUCCCGGCGACACGUCGCUAAGCGGCCCAAAAACACUCACUAUCUACAAAGGAGAUAAGGGUGACCCCGGUCCAAAGGGAAUUAAAGGAUACCCUGGAAUACCUGGCCUACCUGGACCCUUUGGCUAUCCUGGAGAAUAUGGAGAAAAGGGCAUUCCUGGAUACCCCGGGGGCAGAGGGGCUCCAGGGUUUAACGGACCGCCCGGCGUUCCAGGACUGCAGGGACCCAAAGGACGUCCAGGCACCCCAGGCUCAUCGGGAUACCCAGGAUUCAAGGGAGACCAGGGAGACCCCGGACCCCCAGGACCUAGCUCUUUUGUUAAUGGGGGUUAUGCUAUUCAAGGACCUCUAGGGGACUUGGGUUUACCUGGCUUUCCAGGAACCCGGGGUGACCAGGGACCUCGAGGCUUUCCAGGACCUCCCGGCCAACCAGGACCUGAUCGUUUUGGUCCAGGUCUUCAAGGUCCUCCUGGGCCCAAAGGUGUAAAAGGAGAAGUGGGUGACCCCGGCUUACAACCCACUGGUUUUGAAGGUUUCCCAGGACUCCCUGGGCCCCCAGGACCCAGUGGCCUUCCUGGAGCUCAAGGCCCUCCAGGUACAUUUACACAAAAACAGCAGAUAAAGCUCUGUGGUCCUUCCCUCUCAGGCGACCCUGGUGACUGCAGAUGUUCUGGAGGAGACUUCUCGGGGUUAGUUGGACCACCUGGACGUCCAGGAACCAAUGGCAGUCCUGGCCUGCCUGGGGUGAAGGGUUUUCUUGGAGACCCCGGUUCACUAGGCUUCAGUGGUCGUCCAGGACCUAGUGGUCCUCCUGGUCAGCAGGGCUUCUCCGGGCGUAAGGGAGAGAAGGGGGCUCCAUAUUACCCCACCCUAAAUCUGGGGUUGAAGGGAGCCAUAGGAGAUCCUGGACCCAGAGGACCUACAGGUGAAACAGGAAAACCUGGAAGAGACGGACUGCCUGGCUUCCCUGGAUUUUCUGGACCCCCAGGUGAUGCAGGCAUCGGCUCAAGGGGAGAAAAAGGAUUCCAAGGAUUUCCAGGUUCUAAGGGACGUCCUGGAGGCCCUGGUGAGCCGGGCAUUGGCUAUGAUGGAGCACCCGGCUUGCGUGGAGACCCUGGAGAACCCGGUAUACCUGGUUCUCCAGGUAUACCGGGUUCACCUGGAGAGAAAGGUGAAAGCAUCUGUGAAGGGCUUAAUGACGCCGAGGAGGGACAGGGACAAACUCUGCCUUGCGUAUUUACGGGUGAGGCAGGAGAUCCAGGCGAUUCCGGUUUCCCUGGACAACCAGGUCUUAAAGGUAAAGCAGGGCUGCAAGGGCCCUCUGGACGUCCAGGGUUUGAUGGCCCCAAAGGAGAAAGAGGAGACCCCGGCACCGGAGGCGUGCGUGGACCUGAAGGUUUCACUGGACCCAGAGGGGACCCUGGUAUUCCAGGUAUCCCAGGGCAGAGUUUUGAUGGGCCCAGGGGUAAGGACGGUCUCCCAGGCCGUCCUGGAGCCAAGGGCCAGCCUGGAGAGGUGCUAGGAGCUACACCUGGAUUUCCUGGUCAGAACGGUUUACCAGGAAUUCCUGGAGACAAGGGCCAGCCGGGAAUACCUGGAGGACCCGGAAUGCCUGGAUUUGAUGGACGUCCUGGUGCUCCUGGUCGAAAAGGAGAACGCGGAGUUAACGGUUUUCCUGGUAAUCCUGGCCUUCCUGGGCUUCCAGGUGACCCAAAUGGUGGCACUCCUGGUCCACCUGGCCCUGAUGGUAGCAAGGGUCUGAGAGGACCACCAGGUUUCCCUGGUCGGAAAGGAGGAAGAGGAGAACCAGGUUUCCCAGGGCCUGCUGGGAUGAAAGGAACUCCCGGACGACCUGGUGCUACUGGGUUACCAGGAACAAGGGGACGCCCCGGUUUACCAGGACCAGGGACUAUAGAUGGAAUUCCAGGAACGCCAGGAAGAAAGGGUGACAGAGGCUUCCAAGGAAUGAUGGGCUUCCCUGGAUUCCUAGGACGUCCUGGCAGUUCAGGAUUUCCCGGAUUGAAAGGACAGCCUGGAGUGCCUGGAGCAAAUGGACGCCCUGGGUCGCCUGGAUUCUUUGGAACUAAAGGUGACAGAGGAUUACCUGGUCCAGCCGGAUUUCCUGGUAGACCUUUUCCAUCUGGGCCUGUAGAGAAAGGAGACAUCGGAGACCCUGGAAUAACCGGCCUUUCUGGCUUUACUGGACCCAGAGGUGACAAGGGUCAGCCAGGUGCACCUGGUCGUCCAGGACGACCUGGAGUUCCUGGUUUACCUGAUCAGAGUAAAGGGCUGCCAGGAGAACCUGGCCUUUCUGGGGAAACAGGACUUCCAGGCUUCUCUGGACAAAAAGGAGAAUCUGGAAUUAUGGGAUUCCCCGGCACUAUGGGACCAAAAGGCAAUAAUGGCUUUCCAGGUUUAUCUGGAAGGCCUGGAGAAGUUGGUCGGUCUGGUGCCAAAGGACUCCCUGGAGAAACUUUUGGUUAUCCUGGAGCACCAGGACUUAAAGGCCGACAAGGAGAUUCAGGGAUCCCAGGCGACCAAGGGAAAUUUGGUGAACCUGGCGAUAAUGGAUUUUCAGGAAAUCCAGGUUUCCUCGGACAGAAGGGGACUCCUGGUGAACAGGGACGGUAUGGAAUAAUGGGCUCUCCUGGUUUCCCUGGACCAAAAGGUCAGCCUGGAUUGCCAGGAAUAGGAAGGGGGCCUGAUGGGUUUCCUGGUCGGCCUGGAUUCCCUGGAAAUCGUGGGUUUAAAGGUUUUUCCGGACCACCUGGUUUGGAUGGCCUUAAUGGCCUAGCAGGACCUAAAGGCCUGUCUGGAAACCCAGGUGCAAUUCUGGGAGGUAGCCCUGGCCUUUCUGGUAGUCCAGGGUUGAAGGGAGAAAGAGGUGUUUCCCAACCCGGUGUUCCAGGGUAUCCCGGCCAAAAAGGACAAAGAGGAGAACCAGGUCCUUUUGGAUUGAAAGGGAUCCCGGGUAUUCCUGGACCUCCUGGACCCAGAUCAAUAGAAAGCUUUCCUGGACCUACAGGAGAUGCAGGUCUCCCUGGACUGGAUGGACAGUAUGGUGUCCAAGGUCCUCCAGGUCUUCCCGGCCCGCCUGGUCCAGGCACAGCUCAGGGAGACAGAGGUGACCCUGGUCUGCCAGGCUUCCCAGGGACCCCUGGUACAAAGGGUGAACCAGGAUUACCUGGGGGUCCUGCAUUCCCUGGCAGACCUGGUUUAAAAGGACAAAAGGGUGAUGGUGGUUUUGCUGGAAUUCCUGGUGUCCAGGGUUUUAGAGGUGACUCUGGUUUUCCUGGAAGCAAAGGAACGGCAGGAAAUAGAGGGUUUCCAGGUUCAAAAGGUUUGCCUGGAGUCAUAUUUCCAGCUCCACUGCCAAAUAGGCCAUAUCCACAAGGUGAUCCAGGUUUCCCUGGUGAAAGAGGAAGCCCUGGUAACCCUGGAGAGCCUAGUCAGUCUGGUUUUCCUGGGCGUAAAGGUGCUGUGGGUAACCCUGGUCCAUCGGGUAGACUGGGCAGGACUGGAGGUCCUGGUUUUCAAGGACCUCUUGGGGAUCCCGGACCUCCUGGUUUCCCUGGAUCCCCGGGAGCACAAGGGUUACCUGGUACAAUUGGCCCUCCCGGCAUUCCCGGCAGCGUCGGCCGCAGCCACAGCAUCGGCUACACUCUGGUUAAGCACAGCCAGACCCCCCAGGUUCCCAUGUGUCCUCAAGGCAUGGCCAAACUGUGGGAGGGCUACAGUCUGCUGUAUGUAGAGGGACAGGAGAAGGCACACAACCAAGACCUCGGUCAGCCGGGGUCGUGUCUCCCCAGGUUCAACACGAUCCCCUUCCUCUACUGCUCGCCCAGCGAGAUUUGCUACUACGCUAGCCGCAAUGAUAAAUCCUACUGGCUCUCCACGACCGCAUCCAUACCCAUGAUGCCCGUGGAAAAGGAGGAGAUAAGACCUUACAUCAGCAGGUGUUCAGUAUGUGAGGCUCCAUCUCAGGCAGUGGCGGUCCACAGUCAGGAUAUUAAAAUCCCCAACUGUCCUAUCGGCUGGAGGAGUCUCUGGAUAGGAUACUCCUUCCUAAUGCACACAGCAGCUGGUGCAGAGGGCGGCGGUCAGUCCUUGGUGUCUCCUGGUUCCUGUCUGGAGGACUUCCGGGCGACUCCGUUCAUCGAGUGCAACGGCGCCAGGGGCACCUGCCACUACUUUGCCAAUAAAUACAGCUUCUGGCUGACAACCGUGGAUCCAGAAAAUGAGUUUACCUUCUCGCCAACCAAGGAGACGCUGAAGGGAGGCCAGGAGCGCUUCAGAGUCAGCCGCUGCCAAGUGUGCAGCAAGAUCUUGUAGUAGGCAAAGGUGAAAGAUGGAGGAGUGAGGCGGGGAAACAUCAGGAGGGGAUUCACUAACAUUUCAAGAAUUUAUGAUGGAGGAUGAGAUGGAUUUAAAAAAGAACACGUGACUGACUGAAUGGACCUUUCUCCUGUGCUGUGAUGGUUUCAGAAUCGAGUCGAGCGACAUCGGCCCCAUUUUGAGAGUUUUUUUAAUCCCCUGUAGGAAUGAAUGGCUUAUAAAAAAAGAAGAAGAAGCUGGAGGUAGGAGGAGGAAAGAGAAGAGUUCCAGUGUGAGCGAUCUUCUCGAGAUUAUCACUGAUAAUGGUGCUAUUGUUUAUGUAUGUGUUUAUUACGUGUCAGCUUUCUUGUGACAGAUGUCAGCGAGAAUCAUUCUCGGCUACCUCGGAGAGUGCCCCCACCCCCACUUAGCAAACAAGUGCCCCGCACACACGUUAAGCACCCAAUUUAAAGGUUAUCAGCUCAGGAAGUUGGCUGUUAUUGGUUGUUUUCGCUCCCAUAGAUACUGACAGCAGGCAGAAAGUCUCUACACCAACUCUUUUAAUGCUGACUAGUGGAAAGUGGAGACGGGCUGAUUGUUCGUGAACUCAUGAUUGCUGUUCAGUUAGGUUUAAGACACAGACAAGCAUAAAGUAUUUGUAAUCUAUGAGAAAGGUCAAUUUUAAAGGGCUUCCUCAGAUUUUACUACAAUGUUGGUACAGAGAGACGUCUGACUGUCAUAUCUAUGGGACAGACAAGCCUACAAAUGCUUUUCAAUGGGCUGAUCAUAUUUGAAGUGGGUACAUAAGAGCUUAAUGUGAGAUGAGAGUAAAAUUACAGAUUGCUGGUUGAUUUUAAGGUUUUAAAGCGAGUUUGCAUUAUCUUAUUGGGCUGAUCUGAGCAAAGCAGAUAUAAAGCUUCAUUGAAAUCCCAUCUUUGGGAAGAUGAAACCUGUUUUCUUCAUAAACUUUUUAUUCUACGGCAGUUUAGCACCACGAAGGUGCCCACUGUAAACACACUGGGGAUUUUAUCAUGUGUUGCAUCAAUACCUGCAGUAUAUUUGAUGUCGGCCACUUCAUUAUUGGUUUGAAAAUCAACUUGCCAAGACAUGUGACUUGCUUGAGGUAAAAAUGGUGUUGAAGCUAUCCUUUGUUUUUAAGUUUUUGUGAUAUUUGGAUUAUUUUUUGGUGCCUUACAAUCGGACGUGUGAAUUAAAGGAGUUUUAGCUUCAUGUAAAGAUUUAAAAAUCUGUGGAAAACUAUAACUCAUUAGCAAAUUAUUUGUUGUAUAAACAAAAAAAGACUAGAAGUAUUUUGUUUAUUGGACUCAUACAUAUAAACAAAGCAAGUUUCAUUUCUUUAGGUGCUGGUUUUCAUAUAGAAGGUGAGAAGCAUCAUCUGUUUUGGGGAACAGAAGGAACUUAGAAACAAUCUAAAGUAUUCCUAAACAUGUCAAAGUCCCAGUGUAAGCUUCACGUAAGCCUGUGUACAUUUCACAGUGGGACUCUCAGGUUGCUGCUACGUUACCGUUAGUAUGACUUUAAAGGUCAAGUCAGAUUUUUCUGUGCAACAGCUGAAAUGACAAUAGAGAGCUGUUGUUAUUGCACUGAUGUGGACACAGAUGGUUCAUAACAUCAAAGGGGCAUACAUAUCUCCACCUCCACUCUCACAGGUUUUCUCUAUGCUGCGACCAAACAAGUAUUUCUUUUGAUUAUAUCACACUUUUUAAGGCUACCAUUCGCUUGCAUUUUGCAAAAAGACACAAAACAUACGCUCUCUGAUAGAUGAAUUAUUGCUGUACAUAGUGCUUACUGUAUUUUUCAGCAAAUCAUGUUAGCGCAAAGGUCUAUGAUGUUGUUACUCAGUUCUUUUCUUUUCUUUUGUUUUUGUGUCCUCGGACAGGUAAGAAGAUGGCUAAAGGACAAUUCUGUGCCUUUAAAUAUAGAUUUUGCAAAAACAAAUACAAAAACACACAAAAAAUUAGAAAUUGUAUCUGUUUUUGCAUUAAAUUUGGUUUUCCUCUGAGUCAAACAAGUUCAUCUGUGCUUGGACAGUGGAAGCUACAGCAUGACUUGUAACCACUACGACCUCUAGCGCGUCUCUCUCUGCUGGUAGCCCUGACUUUAACGCUGCGCCACAUAGUACAUUUGUGUCUGUAUUGCCUUUUUUUGUAAUCUAGAUUUGUAAUUAUUGAGUCAUGACACUAUCCCCUGGUUUUAUUUACUGAGAAGUGAGGGAAUGGGAAGGUAAUGAUGUGUACAUUAAAUUUUAUGGAAAGGAAAACAUGCCUGUGUUUUUAUAUGGGAGAUAUAUUCACCGCUGAUGAUUUAGGAUGCUAACAGCACACUUUAUUGCCAGUUUGGACUUCACCGCACGUUCAGAGCCAAAUGGAGAAACAUGCUUUAAGAUCCCUGAGUGACAGAAAAGAAAUGCAGUUUUCCUCAAAGAGGAUCCAUAACAAAACAAAAGUGGCAACGUAACAUGUCUGUUCCUGUAACGUGUGUUUCUGUGCUCACACACUUUGAAAUAAAGUCUCAAAACUA